AUGGAUGGAUUGGAAGAUCAAGCCGAGGCUGGCUUGAGGCGUAAUCUGGAUCAACUGUACACUCAUGAGACCGUGCAGAUAAAGCACAGCUCGAGAGAUUCGGUGAUCACUCAUUUCUGCCAAGCUCUUUCGAAUCCAACAUCACCUUUGGUAGUUCGGAAAUUGGCUCUUCGCAGUGGAAUUUCUUCAGUGGGACUACAACUGCUGCAAACAACGCUGUUCAAGAUGCGUCGGGAAGGAAAUGUUCUCAUGGAAGAGCUGGAAUUUGUUUGUUUGCAAGACACUAAUACCCUCCUCGCGGCCAUUCUCUGCUGUCGCCUUGCGGGAAUCACUCGCUUGAGCCUCAAGAACUAUAAUGCACGAAUCCUGCGCAUCAACCGAGAUACCAUCUCGGAAACUAUUCGAUCAGGUUUGACCAUGACAGACCAUCCAUCAGUUCCCGUGCUGGAGGGAGACAAUGACAAUCAAGAUGGCAAUGUUGGCGAAAACUUGGAAGGUCAGAAUCCACGAAACACCAUUGUCGAGCUGGACUAUUUAGAGAUUGCCAACUACCCUAUUGGCGUCGACGGAGCACAGAUUCUUCAGGAAGCCGUGUCGUCCCUCAAGACAUUGAAACUUGUGGACUGCGAUCUACGAAGUGACAGUGCCAACUGUAUUGCAAAGAUUAUCCGCACAAGCCCCUCUUUGGAAAAGCUUGACCUUUCCUACAACCGCCACUACCUUGGAUCCCCCAUCACUCGUGAGAUGACAGUCAAGACACUGGUCCAAAAGGGGUUGAAGCAUAACCUGAGCUUGUUGUUUCUGGAGAUGAGGAAACAUGAUGGAAGUUCCAAUAGUAGCAGGGCUCUGGAUCUAUCUAAGAUCAAUCAGCAGCUGGAUAUCAAUCGAUUCCUUCGCCGGAAUACAGUUGAUCAGCCAAGAGAUCUCCUGGCCUUGCCUCCUUCUCUUUGGCCAGUUUUACUGGCCAGGGUUUCUGCGAAACCAGCAGCUUUGCACCUUUUUCUACAAGACACUGUGGCAGCUUUGUUUGCAAGGUGA